AAACUUUGUUCUUUAUUAAUGUAGCUCCUUAUGAUUGUCUGGCUUGUUUUAAAUGUUUUUCGCAGUGGUAAACUAGUUCACUAGUUGGUCUGUUUCUAAAAACCGCAUGUCUGUGAUUUGAGCGGAUUUUUUUGCGGCAAAACCGCGGUAUGUUUGUUUGGGGACAGCGUGAACUUCGUAGCUUUUCCGAAUUUGUAAAUAAUCAGAGGCGGCCUUAAAAUAGAUAUGUCUAUUGUCUAACCUAAAACGUGACAGACAUUUAAAUGUUUAUUGAAUGUCAUCAAACCUAGUUGAGGCUGCUUUUAAAAUGGUUCCAGGAGUGUCGAAAAACAUACUCAAUAUUUGGAAAUGCAAAACGUUAAUCAGCUAUUUCCUUGAUGUUUUUUUUUUUUUCUCAAAUUGCACCCUGAGGCCUCAGUCCAGUGUCGGGUAACAGUAGAAACAGCCACCAGAGGACGGUCUGGGCCGAGUGUUGUCCCUAUGGAGAGCACCCCGUCCUGGACCAGUGGUCCCAUUGAUGAAGGGCCAUACCAAGAGCGCUCCGUCGACCCCGUGGAGAUUGAGAUCCAGCACUUCGGAGUGAGGCACAAAGUCAACAAGGAUGCCAACGGCAAUACGACUGGGCCGGAGACCGUAAGCUUUCUCCCCUCCAAAGAGGAGCCCGUCUCGGGGACGUGUAUGUGCGGACCUUGCGCUUCUGUGAGUAGCUGCAGGAAGCUCUUUUGUAGCGUUUUGACUUGUGGACUGUACCGCGUGUGCCGGCGCUUGCCAUGUCUCGUUUCGAGCGAAAGCUCAGCUCCCAAAGCGCCGGUGGAGAACCAGUCAAGACCUCCACGGGCUGAGAACGGCUUCUAUUCCGACAUCCGCAUUGGUGGCGUCAAAGUGGACACGUCCGUCAUUGAAGAUGAUCACGUGUCGUUUUCCACUUCCAAAAUCGAGAUGGACAGUCCGAUUUACUUCAGUAGCUUACCAGAGGAUGACUUAAUCUGCGGCAGCGGGAUGGAAGACGUGGACAAACUCAUCACCCGGAAGCUCAUGGAGGUCUUCUCUGAGUUUGAGAUCAACGAGCUGGCCAAGUGCACCACGGACUCCAUGUUCCUGCGGCGCUCCCGGGAGAUCAGUCAGCUGAUCUCGGAUAUCGUGGAGGAGCACAACAUGGAGGAGCAGGAGGCCGAGUGCCGGCUGGUGCGAGAGAUCAUUCGCAUCAGCACACGCAAGAGUAAGAAGAAGCCGCAGGUCAGGCCGCAGGAGCUGCAGCGGGACAGCGGCAAUGACACCUGGAACAGCAAGAGGAACAGCCAGAAGAGCAGCUUCAAUUCCAUGAGCGAUGGAAAGUUGCAGAUUUCAAUGGAGAGGUCAGAUGACAUUGAAGCCAGGAAGUUACGCAACAACAGUAGCCAGUCUUUCUCUCCGAGUUUGCAGGAAACCGGUGUGCCGAUCACGUCGAACGCUCCUUUACUCCCCAGCAGCAUACGAGCGUGAGAGUGUCCCGUGCAUCAUUUUCAUUUCCACACCUCCAUAAACGAGGAAUAAUUUGUCUCCGUGAGGAAUAUGUCCUCUGGCUUGGAGUCAGUGGCUGAUUUUGAAGUAUACCCCUAAAAAUUGUGAUUUCAUGGGUAGUUUUUUUUAACAUAUCUGAAAUGGUAGGUGUAUUUAUGCUUCUCAUUUUCAUAAUUUCUUGAGAUGGAUGUGUGAUGUAUGCCGUAAGCCGACAAAUGACUCGCUGAGAAUGAAGAAUAAGAAACCGUCUGACCUCUUUAUUGCCAGCAUGAUGCACAUAUACUGUAGGAGCAAUAUGGCCUGAUUCUUUCAUAGUGAUUUAACUUUCCAUUCAUUUCUGAGAUAUUUCAUCCAAAAAAUGAAACUUCUGUCAUUUAUUAACCCUCACGCCAUUCCAAAAUUGUAUAGUUUUCCUCCUUUCAUAAAUCACAAGUGGUGAAUUUGAGGAAUAUCGUGGCCACUCUUCAGUAUAU